CGUCAUCGGUGAUCUCUUCGAACAACUUUGCAGAAAAGAGAAAAAACGAGGAAGCGGUGAACAGAAUCAGAGUGCCGGCACCAGCGGCUUUUCCGAUUUGUCUUCGCCGGCGAUUUUCUUCUAGCUUUGGUAAUUCCGCAAACUAAUAGUGUAACAGAGUGAGCAAUUCAUGUAGCAGAAUAAGCUGAUUCCGACUUGCUUUUGGGAUUAAGGCGUUGUUUGUACAUGUUUGAAAACGGUGAUAAUCAAUUGUAGUGGAUUUUUCCUUUACCGGGUCUUGUCAACAGGAAUUGCGUCGAGUUUCUGCUGAGCGUAUUUGGUAUUGGAAGAUUGAAAAAUGUCUAGUGGGGAGGUUAAGAAAGUCUCACGUGAAGAUAUACAACUGGUGCAAAAUCUCAUAGAAAGAUGUUUACAGCUUUACAUGAACCAGAAGGAAGUUGUUAACACCCUCUUACAUCAGGCAAAGAUUGAGCCUGAUUUCACCGAACUUGUUUGGCAAAAGCUUGAAGAAGAAAACCAGGAGUUUUUCAGGGCUUAUUAUUUGAGGUUGAUAGUGAAGGAUCAAAUUCAGAAAUUCAAUGACUUGCUUCAGAGACAGGUCGAGGCAAUGCAGAUGUAUGCAACUGGAUCCGUCCCCAUUUCUAAUGGAUCUCAGAUUCAACCAGUGCCACAGAACCCAACAUGGCAAGCAACAGAGCAUGCUGGGCAAAAUGUAAAGCUUGAGAACAUGCACCAGACUAUUAAUGGCAAUUCACCUCAUUUAUACACAAACGGUGCAUCCCCAGUCCAAUCAUAUGUGCAAGCUGCUAUCGAUGUUUCUGCUCAUGCAAGAAGAAUUGAUGUAUCACCAAGCAUGCUAUUGUCUCAAAGCUCAAACCUGGGAAUGAUGCAAGGACCGAAUGAUGGGAUGAUCAAAUCAGCUGGUUAUUCAGGCGACUCACGCUUCCUAUAUGGUAGUGAGAGCAAUGUCCUGGAGGCUCGUCCUGGAAUUGGGGAUCCAUCUGUUCCACCAUUCAGCAAUGUAGGGUCAAAUUCACAAGCUCUGAAUGGAAACGGCUUGGGUGCUGAUACUUCUUCCUUUGGUUUCUUGGGACAGAUUCCUCGAAACUUCAGUUUGUCGGACUUAACAGCUGAUUUUAGUAACAGUUCUGAUAUUCUAGAGGGCUACUCUGGAUCAGCAUUCCUUGCAACAGAUACUAACAAUUAUUUGGACCCUCAGGGUAGGGCAGAACAUCAAGACAUUAACGGGUUGGAUAUUAUAUCAGAAGGCUUGAGUUAUGAAGAUUUUUCUAGUGAUUGAAUGACCAUUCAGAUUACCAUCUUGCACAUUUACCCCGACUAUGUAACCUUAUCAGGUUUAGGAUAUAAUUUAUUCGAAUAUUCUAGCUUAACAUCCUUAGCAAAACUAGUUGUGGUUUUGACUGUUUUCUUUUUCUCUAUGUUAAUAAAUUGGUUUAGCACCUAGGACUAUGUUUUUACUUUUUGGGUAUGGCUACAGAAUUACUUUUUGGGUAUGGCUUCAUUCUGUAGGUCCAAUUGCUUGUAGAUAAAGUUUUGAAGUGCUGCGACGUCUUUUGGAGUA